AUGCCAAAGUGGAUUGAUGAAGAUUUCAUUAAAUUAACUAAAAUCCAAACUAUUCACAUUCAAAACUUAUCAAACUUAUCAAUCUCAACUAAAUCAGAAAUCAAACCAACUUCAACUACUUCAACAUCAACAAGAACAACUUCAUCUUCAUCUCAUUCAUCUCAUUCAUCUCAUUCAUCUCAUUCAUCAGAUUUCAACUCAGAACCAUAUUCGAAUCAUUCAAAAUUAGACUUUCUAAGACCAAACUCAAAGAUUCUAACUUCACCUUCACCUCAACCAUCAUCAUCAUCAACAUCAAAUUCAAUCAAACCAUCCACUUAUGCGUUAACUGAUCGAAACCAAUCACUCAUUCAAAAAACUAGAAAUAAAUUCAUCAAAUCACAUUUACUGGAUUCGUAUUUAACCAUCUCAAUUCCAACUUAUGAAUCUAAACCAUUUCUGAUCACUGAGAUUCAAUUCAGUACCAACAAUCCAAGAUUCUCAAUCGAUCUAAGUCAUCUUCAACAUCUUCAACCUUCCAUUCAACCUUUGAUUAAUCAUUAUUCAUUCAUUGAUCGAAAUCGAAUCUUGAUUCUCACUCUCUUUACUCGUCCUACUUAUCCUAGAUCAUCCAAAAAGAUCAUUCAACAAAAACAUAUCAAUCAUCCGGAUUCUAGUUUAUCUGAAUCUGAUCAUCGUCCGAUCUCAUCAAAUCAUCAAUUUACGCCUACACUCACUUGGGAAAUUGAUUUUGAUUAUCCUAAUACUUUAAGAAAAGUCAAUGAUCAGGAUAGGAUCUCGAAUCAAAAGCGGAAUCAACUAUACCUCAAAACUCACGAUAAAGUCUAUGUUUACAGAAUCUCGGAUCAGUCAGAUUCAACUCAUCAUACCACAGGUGAUGAACUGGAUGGAUACGCGUCUGAUGAUGAAGCAAAUCCAAAAGAAUCUUCAACCGAUCAGUGCAGUGCUGAACUUUUCAUCCAUCCUUCAACUUCUGAGGAUGCCAAUCAACCAACUCAAAUUACAGUACAUUCAUCAGUCCAGCCCACUCCCAAUCAACUCGAUCAAUCAUCUGAUGGCAAAAAACCAUCUUGUUCAGAUUAUGAUCGUAACCUUACAAAAACUUUUGCGGUCGAAGAUCUGAUCAAUCGAAAACUGGAUCAAAUGCAACAUCGACUUGAUGAGCUUGAUCGAGAAGAAAUGCAAAACCAAAGCCGAUUACAACUCUUAAAGACUUCAAUAUUAGAUCGUAGAGAGAUGAUCCGACAAAGAAGAGAAACAAACCGACUUGCACGAAACAAAUUAUCUGAUUUAAUCUCAACGAAUUUAACCUCGAUGAAAUCGAAACUAGAAACCGAAUUAAUUCCAAACCAUCAACUCAUCACGAAAUCAUUAACACGAAUCCGAUCUAAACUAAUUCAAAACUUGACAUUAAUCUAUCCCAUUGAAUUAACUCCUGAACGAUUAACGUUUUCAAUAUUGAAUAUCAGAUUAGAACCUAACAUGAAUUUAAUCAAUCAAUCGAAUCUUUUGAAAUUCUUUAAUUCAGAAAGAGAAGAAGAAGAAGAACGAAAGGUUUCAUCUGGGUUAGGAUUGGUGGUAGGAUUGGUGAAGUUGUUGUCGUUUUAUUUGAGUAUUCCAUUACUUUAUCCACUUACUUGGAUGGGAUCUAGGUGUUUGAUCACUGAUAGGAUUUCAUUGAUUAGAGGGACAAGAUCGUUUCCUUUGUACUAUAAAGGUGUUGAUCGGUAUAGAUUUGAAUAUGGAGUGUUUCUUUUAAAUAAGGAUAUUGAACAGAUGAUGUAUCAUCGUCAAUUGACCGUGAUCGAUAUUAGGGAUACAUUAGCGAAUUUGAAAAACUUGAUGUUAACACUUGAAAUCUUAGGUAGAAAAGAAGAUGAAGAUGAAGAAGAUCAAGUCAUAGAAGAAGAACAAAGGGUUUCUGGAGAGAUGACUUAG